AUGGAAGGUGCUGGGCUGCCCCAAGCCAAGGCGCUCUCGGCGCUGCGACGUGCGGCUGUGGGGAAGGUCACUGCGCUUGAGGGCAAGGAGCUGCGGAAUGAACGGCCUGUGGGCUUUAGCGCGUCGUAUUCUGCAGCUUUCUUCCGAGCGGAGGAGCUCGCGAUGCUUUCUUCAGCGCUGUUGCCCGAGGAGGAUGAGGAUUUGUCGCAGAGGAUCGCAGAGCAUGCCAAAGCACUGCAUGCCAACGGCUCACUGCCCCCGGAUGCCAUUGUGCAGAUCCGUGACCACCUUCAUGCCCUGAGUGUCCCCUGGCUCGAGGUCCUGGCGAGAGUCGAGUCACAGACGUGCUUCCAGGAUGCCAUUCCCGAUGAGGACCGCUUCAACAUUAGCCUGGACGGGCUGAGCAUGCCGUUGGGCAUCUGGCAGAACGCCUGGGACUCGUCCGGCAUCGUGUCCAACAUUUAUGGCAUCCUCGCCUCGGAGAAGCUCGGCUUCAAGAUCUAUUCGGAGACGGGUCCUGCCAGCGAGCUGAUCUUGGGCAAGCUGGCAGGCUGCGACCACGCGGGGUUCGCGAUCACCGGCAACUGUGGUCCUCCCCGGCGCUUCCACGUGUCCUUUGAGAACUGGCUCACUGGCUCACCAUGGAAUCAGCAGUGGCUGGUGGACCUUGUUCCCUACGGCUCACCUGUGGACCUGGGUAGCAUGGGAUACGAGGGCAAGUCGGGCAUGUUCGCUCUCGGAGGCUCCAUGGAUGCCGCUCUGGAAGACAGCGGGCUGAGCUUGGAUUUCUUCAGGUCCUUCAAUGCUUCCUGGUAUGAUCCAUCCAAGUACACGGCGCCAUUGGCAGGGGUGAGCCAGAGCCGUCUCAAGACCUGCGCCACCAGUGCCGAGGUGGGAUACCCCGGCAUCGCGGCCCUAUAUCUUGCAAAGACUGGCGAUGCUGGCGGCGUGCAGGACGUGAAUGGCGCGACUUUGCUCAGCUGCUACAUGGACCGAUGGUGGCUCGCGCCCGCGUGCCGGCACAACACCUCCAAGUGUGUGCCUGUCAUCAUGCCCUUCACGGCUUGGGGGAUGCCGGAGAUGAUGCAGCAAGCCUUUUGGCACAACAUGCCACUGGCACUCGCCACAGCAGUGGAUGGGGACUACGUGAGCUUGAACCGCGACUUGCAGAGCCUGCUGUACACGUGGAUUCCGGAUACCACCUUCUUCCUGGACAAGCCGUCGCAGGUGAUUUUUCCGGACCAUCGGCCAUCAGAGUAUGCCAACAGCAUCUACAAGACCAUGAAGACGAAUACCGUUCUGUCCAAGUGGGCUGCUGCUGGUUUCAGGGAGGCUGCAGACAAGGCCUUCGCAGUGGCGCGGAAUCUGCAGAUGACCUUCGAGGAAGUCAUGGACUUGCUCUCACGCCAUGUGGAGUCGCCGAACCCGAACACUUGGCAAACGGCCUGCGAAUGGCUGAAGGACAACGAGCCGCUGUGGAAGGCUUGGAUACCCAAUGAGACGGAGUGUUCUGCCGGCAAGGGCCUCGUGGAUGAUGCUGGCAACUUCGUCCAGUCGCGGGGUUUGGCAGUGAAUUGCCAGUUCUGUCCAGUGGGCACCUACUCGGCCGAAUCGGAGGCCCAGGCUACCCGAGUCUGCAUCCCCUGCGAGCCUGGAACGAGCCAAGCACUGCCUGGAGAAUCGCAGUGCAUUCCUUGUGAGCCAGGCUCCCUGGCGCCUCAAGAGGGGGCUACAGAAUGUGAGCCCUGCCCUUUGGGGAAGUAUGCGAGCGGGAGCCGGACGACGGCCUGCAGCCAGUGCGGCAACCACACCAACCAGAUUGCCUUGUGGACGACCAGUAAAGCCGUGACUACUACAGGGCAAACGCAGUGGAUCCAGGUUCAGGGGGCAACAUCCAUCUCAUAUUGCACCUGCAUCGAGGGCUUCUUCCUCUUCCAAGACCGCUGCGAGCCAUGCAUCACUGGAUCCAGCUGCCCUGGGUCCAAUCAAUUGGAGCUGCUUCCAGGGUAUUUCUCCACCGAGGAGGACCCCGGAGCAGUCUUCCGGUGCUUCGGAGAGCCCGCGCGAUGCCCUGGCGGUAUCCCAGGGACCUGUGCGCUGGGAAGAGACUCGAGCAGCGUAGCCUGCAGCAAAUGUGUGCCUGGGACCCGCGCCGACGGUGGCGAGUGCACGGAUUGUGCAACAGGGGACUUCUUCCUUCUGGUGGUGGUGUGCUUCUUGGUGGUGUGCGCCAUUGUCAUUCUCUACUUUGUCCUAAUGCGCAGAGGGGCGAAGAGCUCGCAGCCAGGAAGCCUUCUUAUCGCCGCGCUCGGGCUGGGCCAGAUGGUCACUGUUAUCCAGCAGCUCACCGUCAUCCAGCAGUUCAAAAUUGAGUGGGGAGAGCCCUUUUCCGGGAUCCUGGCAUCUUUGGACCUCUUUGCCUUCGACCUCGACCUGAUCUCCAUCAGUUGCGUCGCGCCCAUGAGCCCCGUGUCCAGCUUCACCAUGCGGACCCUCUUGGUGCUGGUCCUCUUCUCUGUGGCUUGCCUCGUGCACUUCCUCUUCGUGGCCUGCAACCGGCAAGCAGGCCUUCAGCUCAACGUCUUGGGCAGCACCAUCGGCACCCUAUUCAUGGUGUUCUUCAUCUCGGUCUGCUCUUCCCUGCUGGCGCCCUUCCGGUGCAAUGUGCACCCAAAUGGUCUUGCCACGGUGCAGGCGUACCAUCAAGUCCUUUGCAAUGGCCAAGACGACCACCUCAGCAUGGCGCUCAUUGGGGGCUUCUCGUGCCUCCUGCCAGUGGGCUUCCUUGCGAUCUGCUCCUGGAUCACCCUGGUGCAGCUGCCCAAGUGGCUGGUCAACGGCGAGGUGAAGCUGAUCCGUUCCUGCUCCUUCCUGUUCAUGCGGUUCCGACCCGGCGCCGAAGUCUUCUCUGUGCUUUUCUCAGUCCGGAAUGCCCUGGUGGUACUGUGCCCUCUGAUCUCCUCGACCUCGGGCCGCGUUCUUUGCAUGAACCUCUUGCUCUAUGCCAGCCUCGUCCUUGUGGCCUUCGGCAAGCCGUGGAGGGCCAUGGUCUGCAACUUCCUUGACCUCUUCCUGGUCACAGGGAUGCUGGUGAUCUUGGGCAUGGGCUCGCUGUUCGUGACCGAGGUGGAGAGCUCAUCUACCACUGCAAUUUGUGUCCUCUUUUCCCUGUUCAUGUUCUUGUCCAUCCUUGGGGCCAUCGUGUUCGGGGUGGUCAAGCACGUCUCGUCGAAGUAUCGGAAGCCGUUCUGGUUCUUCAUCUGCCACCAGAAGGUGGCGGCUGGCAGCUACGCGCGGCUCAUGAAGAUGCACUGUCAGUCUCGUGGUGCUCGCUUCACGACCUUCGUGGACUGCGACGACCUCAACGACCUCACCAAGCUGUUCAGCUACGUCGGGCAGGACACCCAAACACUGGUGAUCUUGGGUUCUCCUCAGAUCCUUACCAGGAAAUGGUGCGUUGGCGAGAUGGUGACCGGCAGACUGCAGCGGGUGCACACAGCUCUUCUGACAUUUCCGGGAUUCGAAAAGCCCGAUGCCCACUUCAUCCGGAACUAUACGAGCAUCGUGCCUGACAUCACCGAGCUUACCAACUACAACAUCAGCCUCAAUGAGGUAGAGGAGACCCUGCGACGCUUGGUGGCCUGUGUGUCCUGUGAUCCUAGGUUUUCUGCUUGUCUUUGA